AUGGGUCACAACGUGCCGUCUCUCAACGACAAGUCUCUCCUCAAGAGCAAGACGUAUGUCAACGGAGAAUGGAUAGGCGCAAAGUCAGGAAAGACCUUCGAGGUCCACGACCCCGCAACGGGCAACCUCAUCGGCACCCAGCCUGAGAUGGACGCCGCCGACACUGAAGCCGCCAUCGCCGCCGCAGCCGCAGCACUCCCUUCAUUUCGCAAACUCACAGGCCGCGAGCGAUCGCGCAUGCUGCGGAAAUGGUACCAGCUCAUGAUGGACAAUGCCGACGACCUGGCUAAGCUGAUUACAUGGGAAAACGGCAAGCCGUUCGCCGACGCAAAGGGCGAAGUCAACUACGCAGCAAGCUUCUUCGAGUGGUUCGCUGAAGAAGCACCAAGAAUGUACGGCACCACAAUCCCAGCGACCGUGCCGGGAAACCGCGUCUUCACGCUCAAGGAACCCGUCGGUGUCGUCGGGCUCAUCACCCCGUGGAACUUCCCCGCUGCCAUGAUCACAAGGAAGAUCGGACCCGCGCUGGCCGCAGGCUGCACAGUCGUCGCAAAGUCUCCCGGCGAAACGCCCUUCACCGCCGCCGCACUCGCUGAGCUCGCGCACCGCGCCGGCAUCCCCAAGGGUGUCGUCAACUUCGUGACCGCGCUCGAAAACACGCCCGCUGUCGGCCAAGUGCUCACCUCCAUGUCCUUCACCGGCUCCACCGGCGUCGGCAAAAUCCUCAUGAAGCAAUCCUCCUCCACGCUCAAGAAACUCUCCUUCGAACUCGGCGGCAACGCGCCCUUCAUCAUCUUCGACGACGCUGAUCUAGAUACCGCUGUUGCGGGUGCUAUCACUUCCAAGUUCCGCUCCUCGGGCCAGACGUGCGUGUGCGCGAAUAGGAUUUACGUCCAGUCCGGCAUCUACGACGCCUUUGCGGAGAAGUUCACAGAAAAAGUCAAGGCGUUUAAGGUCGGCGGCGGAUUUGAGGACGGCAUCACACACGGCCCUGUCAUCCAUGACCGCGCGGUAUCCAAGGUCGACGCACACGUCCAGGACGCCGUCAAGCAGGGCGGUAAAGUGCUCAUCGGCGGCCAGGCGUUGCCAGACCUGGGCAAGAACUUCUACCAGCCCACGGUCAUCCGCGAUAUGACCGCAGACAUGCAACUCGCGAGCGAAGAAACCUUUGGUCCCGUCGCAGGGCUGUUUAAAUUCGACACCGAGGCGGAUGUUGUAAAAUUGGCGAAUGCGGCAGAUGUAGGUCUCGCGGGCUACUUUUUCAGCAGGGAUGUGCAGCGCGUGUAUAGGGUGGCGGAGGCGCUGGAGGUAGGCAUGGUGGGUGUGAAUACGGGGUUGAUUUCGGAUGCGGCGGCGCCGUUUGGGGGGGUUAAGGAGUCUGGAUUUGGGAGGGAGGGUAGUCUGUUGGGUAUUGAGGAGUAUGUUGUUACGAAGACGGUGACGAUGGGGGGCAAUGGGCUGCCUUUGCAGGGGGAGUAGGAAGGGGUGUAAAUAUUAAGUUUGCUGUGCGAGAGAAUAUAUAGCUUGAACCUUGACCA